AUUACACAUAUAUUGCAUAACAUUACAUACAGUCAACGAUUAUUAGUGUUUUAAUACAGUAUAUGAUUGGUUAACGUUUUUAUUGCUAAUGCAAUAACAUCUUUGAAGUCACACUUAGUUUCGACAAUACUUUUAGUCAAUAAUUUUUGUGUUAAAGAAGAAGUUUACGACAAUAACUAAUACCUGCUGUCUGUCUGUCUGUCAUAAGAUGCCGACAAUAGUGUCCACACAGUUGACGGCGACAACAACAACAACACCGACGAAGAGUAGUCCGUCAACGACACUACCGGUCACUAAGAAAUCAAAUAAAAAGUCGAAGAAAAGAGGACAACGAUUAGACAAAGUUGGCGAUACCGAGGAUGGCCUACGUAAGGCACCCGAUAAAUGUAAUGAUCACACUUCGGGUGUUCAGACAAUGAAUAGUCAGACAAAGAAUGGUCAGAGAACAGGUGGCCAGAAAACGGGUAGUCAGAGAACGGUUGGCCAGAAAACGCGUGACCAGAGAAAGGGUGGUCAGAAAAUGGAUGGUCAGAUUACGAGUGAUAAGACUACGAGUGGUCAGAAAACGGGUGGUAAGACUACGAGUGGUCAGAUUACGAGUGAUAAGACGAGUGGUCAGACUAAAGAUGGUCAAACACCUAAAAGAGAACAAAAUUUACCGAAAAAUUUUGUGACCAAUAAUGAAAUGAAAAACUUUCGAAAAGUAUCAAUAUAUCCGACAAUCGAUGAAAUUAAUACCAAUUGUUGGCCAAAAUUAAAGUCAAACAUUACUCGCGGUCACUACACAAGUGUUGACCAAUAUCUUAAUAUACACUUUAAUUUGCUUCGCGAAGACCUUAAUCGAUCGCUACGUAAGGGUCUUAGAGAGUACAGAGAGUUGACCUCUAAUGGCCAAAAAGUGAAGAAAUUAGAUGACAUACGAAUUUAUAGAGAUGUUACUAUUGGCCAGCGAUGCGAGGAUCGGGUGACAAAUUUUACGGCCAAAUUUGAUGCUAAAAAUUUACACAUUAAUUGGGAGAACUCAAAACGUUUAAUCUUUGGUUCACUAUUAUGUCUUUCAUCCAAUAACUUCAAAACAUUUUGUUUCGCUACUGUGGCCGGCGAUCGAAACCCGAUAAAGUUGGCCACUGGUCAGUUUGAAUUGGAAUUUGAAUUGUCGACAAUAACUGAUGAGUUUCGGUACAGAAAACCCGAUACAAAGUAUGUGAUGUUCGAAUCGGAAGUCUAUUUCGAGGCCUAUAAGUAUACGUUGAAGACAUUGCAGAAGAUGACGGAUAAAACGUUUCCAUUUCAGAAACAAGUGAUUAAUAUUCGUAAAGACAUUUCGAGACCACUCUAUGUCAAAGAGCAGACAAAAUAUAACUUUUCUCGUAUUAUUAACAAAGAAUCGUAUGAUUCUGUUUGUAUAACAAAACCAAAAGAGUGGCCAAAAGCACAAACAUUUGGUUUCGAUGAUUCACAAUAUGAUGCCUACAAAUCAGGACUUUUGCAAAGUUUUGUACUAAUUCAAGGCCCGCCGGGAACCGGCAAAACAUAUGUUGGCCUCAAAAUUGUUCAAACACUACACGAAAAUCGUAAUGUAUGGAAUCGAUCGCCCGAUAAUAUGAAACCAAUUGUCAUUAUAUGUUACACUAAUCAUGCAUUGGACCAGUUUUUGGAAGGAAUGCUUGAAUUUACCGAUAAAAUUAUCCGAAUCGGUGGUCGAUCUCGAAGUGAAAAACUACAAGAUUAUACGUUGACUGAGCUCAGGGACAAAAUAAAAGUAAAUUAUUCAGCAAAUGUUAAAUCAUUACAAUAUAAGCAAUUGAAUCGCGAUAUCUAUUCCCGGAUUAAAUACAUUGAAGAAAUGCAAUUUCAAAUUGAAAGAAUUGAUUUUUUCAUUUCAAAUUGUAAUUCAGAUUUAUUGAAUCCCCGGUUUUUGAUAAAACAAUUAUCAAAUUAUAAUUGGAUUAAGAAACAGAUCCGAUCUCUUCAGGAAAACUAUUGGAGUGAAUCGGAUGUGGCAUUAGUCAGAUGGUUAGCAAACUGUGAUAAUAGUAGCUAUAAAUAUAAUCCUUCUGAAGAAACAAUUAUUAAAAGAGGAGACAAUAGUAACGAUGUUUACACUUUGAUUGAGUCUGUAGUCGAUAAACAAGAAGUGAAUCGAUUAAAUGAAAUGCGAGAAACGGAUCGAAAAACUGAUAUCAAAAUUAAAGUCAAAAAAGAUGUUAAAAUUGGACCUAAAAAUACAAUUUUUCUGGCAAACCGUCCAUCACUGAAAUGGAUCUCUAAAAAAGAGAUAAAUAAAUUACAGCGAGAAAUGAAACGAGAACUACAAUUGACGGAUAUAAUGGCUGAAGAUAAGGCCCAGAAGAUAACCGAUUUGACUCAACUUAAUUACAGCGAUCGGUGGCGACUAUACCGAUGUUGGCUUCAGUUAUAUCUGAAAUCAUAUAAACGAGAUAUGAUUUCUUUGCAAAAGAAAUAUGAUUUCGAGACAGAAAUAAUUCAAGAACUAUAUGUAGAAAAAGAUAUGUUAUUGAUUGGUGAGUCAGCCAUUGUCGGUAUGACCACUACUGGUGCCGCUAAAUAUAAGGCAACCAUUGAAGCCAUAGAUCCACAGAUCAUUGUCGUAGAAGAAGCCGCAGAAGUUUUGGAGAGUCAUAUAAUUACAUCAGUGACCAAAAAUACUGAACAUUUGAUUCUGAUCGGUGAUCACCGACAGCUAAGACCGCAACCAGCGGUAUAUGAGUUGAGUAGAUGCCAUGGUUUGGAUGUUUCGCUAUUUGAGCGCAUGAUUAACAACAAACUGCCGUUCAAUCAGUUAAAACUUCAGCACCGAAUGAGACCCGAAAUAUCGGCUGUUAUUAAAUCUCUAAAUAUUUAUAAAACUCUUGAAGACGACAAAAGUGUUUUACUAUAUCCUGACAUCAAUGGAAUUAAACGAAGCAUUUAUUUCAUGUGUCACUCAAAUCAUGAGUUGGGUAAUGAAGAGCUUAAGACUAAAUCAAAUGAAUUUGAAGCACUAUUUGUCAUCCGUUUGGUUAAACAUUUGCUUUUUCAAGAUUAUGAGUCCAAUCAAAUUACAAUAUUGACACCAUAUUCCGGUCAAUUAUUUUUAAUCAAUAGAUUAUUGAGAACACAGACAGAUAUUUUUGGUGAAUUAAGAGCUCAAAGUGUGGAUAAUUUUCAGGGCGAAGAAAACGAUAUUAUUAUAUUGUCAUUUGUAAGAAGUAAUCGCAAUAAUGAAAUAGGUUUCCUGAAGACACUCAAUCGGGUCAAUGUUGCCCUAACCCGAGCCAAACGUGGUCUCUAUUGUAUCGGUGAUUUUAAUUUUUUGGCCAAAAACAGCAAUUUGUGGAAACAAAUAGGGGAUCAUUUAUCAAUUGGUAAAUCAAUUGGUACAUCAAUGCAACUCAAGUGUGCCAAUCAUCCAACCGAAGAAAUAUUUGUCAAAACUGAUCGAGAUUUUGAUGAAAAGUCUCCAUUGGGAGGUUGUCUUAAAGAAUAUAUCCAUUUGAUGGAUUGUGGACAUCCAUGUCCUGAAACACGAUGUCACGGCGGUCACCAAUAUAUUAAAUGUUUAGAAGAUUGUCAACAAAAAUUGGAUUGUGACCAUCAAUGUCCACAAAAGUGUCAUUAUGGCCAAGAGUGUAAUCCAUGUGAAGUAAUCGUAACAAAAACAAUUCCCAAUUGUGGUCAUCAAAUUGAUGAGAUUUGUUCGGGUGAUAUGAUAUGCAAUAAUCCGUGCGAAAAUAUACUCGAUUGCGGACACAAAUGUGAUCUGAAGUGUGGAAUAGAUUGUCAACCAUUUUGUCGGGUCGGUGUCAUCAAAACAGAUCCUAAUUGUGGACAUAGCUAUUGGAGUUUAUGUCAUAUACCCAUUGCUUGCCAAUUGCGAUGUCAGAAACAAUUGAUUUGUGGUCACGACUGUAAACUCAUGUGUUCCGAUCCGUGCGAUUCAAAUGAAUGUCAAGAAAUAAUAGAAAGACAACUUCCCGUUUGUAAACAUAUGGUGAACAUCAAGUGUUCAAUUGAUUUGCAAAAAACUGAUUGUUUGACAGUUGUUACCGUUGACCUCGAUUGUGGACAUUCACGUGAAGUCAAAUGCUAUGAAAGAAAUCAAAUGGAUUUAUCGUGUAAUCAAUGUUUGGCUAAAUGUAAGAAAACAUUAAUUUGCGGUCAUAAAUGUCAAGGUUUAUGCCGGGAUUGUCAGCAAAGUAGACUUCACGUCAAAUGUGAGGAACCGUGUAAUCGAGUUUUGAUUUGUGGCCACAAAUGUCAGAGUCGUUGCGGCGAUUUAUGUCCGCCGUGUGAUCAUAAAUGUGAAAAUCGAUGCUUUCACGGCAUAUGUCAGCACACAUGUAGUCAACUAUGUAUUUCAUGUGUGACCACAGAUAACGGAAAACUUGAGAUAUGUGGCUGGAAGUGUCCGCACGAAAAAUGUACGAAAUUGUGUUACGAAAAAUGCAAUCGAUAUUACUGUCGGGAGUCAUGCAAAAAGCUGCUUAAGUGUGGACAUCUAUGUAUCGGUAUUUGCGGAGAAAAAUGUCCGAAAUUUUGUAAAGUUUGUAAUAUCGAAAACAUUAAUGAUUUAUUGGGUAUCGACAAUAUGACCAACGAUGAGAUAUUAGCCGAAAAAUUCGUUGAACUGGAAAAUUGUGGACACAUUAUAACUGCUAAUUCAUUGAAAGUGUUGUUAACAACAGACACUAAUGAUGACAAACAAAAGAUUUUUAAAUGUUGUCCCAAAUGUAAGACAUUUAUCACAUACUGUCAGCCAUUUAAUGAUAUAAUUCAGAGUCAGUUUCAACAACUAUGCAAUUGGUCCCGUAAUAUGUAUUGUCUGACUGAUGCCAAUGAAUUACAUCAAACAAAAUUGAUUCAGAAAAUCAAGAUUAUCCAAAAGCAGGCAAUUUUUACUGCAUUAUAUAGAAAACUUGAGAAAUUGAUUAACCAAUUGUUAGACAGUUUUCACUCCAAUUUAAUCAAACAACAAGAGAUAAUUGUUCCGUCAAAAGAGCAAUUGUUGGCCAUUGAAAAUAAGAUCAAUAUUGUUGAUGACAUUACUGUUAUUUUAAAAGAUAUGCAAAAUAUUAAUCAAAUUAAGUCUUUUUGUAAAAUGAUUGACCGCUUGAAACAGAUCUUGUAUUUUGUGAUCGACUCAUUUGAAAACACUGUCCAACAAAUCAAUGACAUUCAACAAGAAAUUCGUUUCUUUAAAGUAAUUAUCAAAAUUGUCAACGAAUUGAUGCGUCGGUCAAAAUGGAUUGAUAUCAGCGAUAGUAUUAAAGACACAUUGGAUUUAUUCAUCAGAUCAGGUGUUUUUACAUCAGAUAAUGAAAAUUGUUUAAUCUUUAUGGUUCAGCAAUUGUUUGAAACAUCAUUUGAUUUGAGGGACAUAUCCAUUAAACUUAUUGUCCAAAAUACCCGUAUUUGAUCUCAUAUAUGAGCAAAAAAUGUGAUUGUUGUU